AUGUCAGGUCCGACACCAGACCUCCCGCCCUUAACCACCAGUGACACGAGAAGCUCGAUCUCCGCGAUCCCGCUACACGAAGUCGAGCCAAGCCCAGUCGAAGACGACGAGGACUACAACAACGGCGACUCUUACCCAUGGGGCUCCAACGGCACCAACAAGUCCAGCGAUCACAAUGGCAUCUCACCACCCGACUACCCAACCAACCCAUCCGACAUUGACAUUGAGAAACUCUCGGCCUCAGCACGAAGAAGCACGAAUUUCCUCGGCCUGACGCCCGCUCGAACACUCCACAUCCUCUCCGCCGUGCAGAAAUAUGCAACAUUUCCUCCGACCCUCUUUCUCGCCAUGCACUACACCAACACGGCCCUGAUCCCACUGGUGACACGCAACGUGCGCGAAGCCGACACCUACCUCCUGCUCACACGACCCUAUUACCAGUCCUUCCCGCUCGAGCCGCUGAUGGUCUUCGCGCCGGUCGCCCUGCAUGUUGCAACGGGGAUUGCGCUCCGCAUCCAUCGGCGGCGGGUCGUAGCGAAACGGCACGGCGCCGAAACCCACGCCCAGCGCAAAUCUAUACCGUGGCCUAAAGUCUCGCUGACUUCGGCGCUGGGUUAUAUCAUGUAUCCGCUGCUGGUGGGUCAUGUGCUGGUGAUGCGCAUCACGCCGAAAGAAGUCGAGGGCAGUUCGGCGGGCGUCGGGUUGCGGUAUUUCGCCCAUGGGAUCGCACAUAACCCCCUGAUAGGCCAUCUGGGGUAUGCGACGUUCGUGACGAUCGCGAGCUGGCAUUUCGUCACGGGCGCGGCCAAGUACCUGAAGCUCUCGCGCGAGUAUAUCACCGAAGGAGGCCUCUCCGGCAGUCUGAGAAGGAAGUGGAGGUCGCGGAUCAUCAAUGGUGUCGCGGCAUCUGUCGCGGCUGUCUGGAUUGCUGGUGGGCUCGGUGUGGUUGGGCGUGCUGGAAUGGCGACCGGGUGGGAAGCGAAGAGUUGGGACAAGAUCUACGGUGCUGUGCCGCUUAUUGGCGCAAUGUUCAGAUCAUAG